UCAACGUGUUCAUUUGUGAACCAAACUCUUAGGCCCCAUCGAUUCCUUCAUUCGCAAUGGUUUUGGUUUUUGGAUAUAUGAUGAGAUUCCGACAUUAGAAAACACGCUUACAUACACUUUUCAGUUUUCCCCUUCCUUUUCUUUUCUUCGGUCCAUUCGUUGGUAAUGCUCUUUCAGAAACACUAAUAGACAUGUCUCUUCCAAGAGCCACAACAGUAGGCAAUAAUAGUCCAAACAACAACACUCUUCAACAGCAACUGAUGAACAAUGAAGGAGGAGUAGCAGCAGCACCAUCUUCUUCUUCUUCUUCUUGGAAUAGGAUUAUCAACAACAACAAUAACAUCAGAAACUCUGUUAAUCCUAUACCUCCACAAAAGAGAAGCAAACUUGAAGAUAGCGACGAAGAUCUGUUCACAGUUCCUGAUGUGGAAACCAUGCUGAGUGUGCAUUCUACAGCGACAAAUACAAAUAGUGGUAACGUUGAUCAAAGCAACGCAAUAGACUCUCAGCUUCAAGCUGCCGUUGCUGGGAAACGCCGCCGUGGAAGAAACCCUGUAGACAAGGAAUAUAGACGCCUCAAGAGAUUAUUGAGGAACAGGGUUUCUGCCCAACAAGCACGCGAAAGAAAAAAGGUUUAUGUGAAUGACUUGGAAUCAAGUUCUGAUGAAUACGAGGCCUAAAGUUGACGAGAAUGUUGAAGCAUAGUCAAAGACGAUUCAAUAAUAAAAUAAAAAUGCUAAGCAGAUUAAGAUAGAGAUGGCUAGUAGAGGAAGGCAUUCAAUAGUGUGUAAAUAUCAUUGUUCCUUGUACACACAAGAAAUAUAGAUCUUUACCUUCCCCUUCUACUCAAGUCUUUGCUCCAUAUAUAUAUUUAUAUUGACAAAGUUUAAUUAUUUUGAGACAAAUUGAGCAUAGAGAGAAAUGAUAGACGUUUAUCUGAAUCUGCAUUUUACACAUCUGAUAAUAUAAUUACCUGUUGAUCAAA